AUGAGGAAAAAUGUAUCGUGUGAAAAGGGGGUCUUAGUUUUUGAGGAUUACAACUAUGUUAUUUACACAAGAACGAAUGGAAAAAAAAUCUGCUGGCAUGGAAAAAGCAAAAAUUUAAAUAACUACAAUGUUAACCCGUACUUCUGUAAAAUAUGUCAGAACUAUAAUUUUAGCGUAGUAAAUAAUAACUUAAGCUUAAGACUAUAUAUGGAAAAUAAGCUUUUCAAAAAGGUACAGAAAAAUGUGAAACAGUUAAUUAAAUACAUAAUAAGGCUAAGAAAUAAAGUUAGAAACAUUUAUUUAUUUAUCAAAUUUAUUAGUUCAAAAUGUAUAUUAAAAAUGUCUACAUUUUAUUAUUUAAAGUUUAUAAUUGAGAAAAUUUAUGAAAGAAAACUAGAUAAGAUAGUGCGUGUGGUUUUACCCAUAGCUGAUUUACACAAGUUAUACUCGUAUAUAUAUUACGAGAAUUUUUCCUUUACGAAUUAUUAUAAGGAUGUUUUGUCAAAGUAUGGUCGAGGUCAACUCAGAAGGUACUAUUGCUCUUUUAUCAUCCUUAAUAAUAAGAAAAAAAACUUGACGCAAUCUUAUGAGAAAAUUUAUGGCUUAGGUCUAAUAAAAAUGAAUUCCACAAAUGGUAUGAAUUGCGAAAAUGAUGUUAAGAAAAAGAAGCAAAAAAUUGAAAUCCCAGAAAAGGGUGAAAUGAUUCAUAAUGCUCCAAAUGCUUCAAAUACUCCAAAUUCUGAUAUCUUAGCAAAACCGGAUAAUGCACAAAACGCAGAGGAUAACAAUAAAACAGAAGCAGAGAACAUCACGAGUCCUAAACAAAAGAUAAGUUUGAUAAAAGAAAUAAACAAAAAGGAAUCUAAUUUUUAUAUAAAUAGAGAAAGAAAUCUUAAAGGUAUCAAAGUCGAAAAAUAUAAAAUAAAAAGAACAAUAAGCAAAAAUUUACAUAAAAGUGACAUAGGAUUAUUUGCAGGUACGUUUGACAAAAUACACUUUGGUCAUAUGCUAUUGUUAUUUUAUUCCAUUUUUUUAACAAAGAAAUUUUUCUACAUCGGUUUAUAUAAUAACAAAAACAUAUACAACAAAAAAUAUUCUGAAGAAAUUGAUGAUCUAAAAUUAAGAAUUUUUCAUAUAUCCGACAUCCUAUUUUUAAUUAAAAAUGUGUAUCACAUACAUUUUUUUUUUCAUAACUUUGAACAUAUAAUGCCUUUUAUCAAAAUCAAAAAUUCUCAUAAAAUUUUGUAUGAAAUUAUAACAAGCCAAAAGACUCAAACAUCAAUGGAAUACAACAAAAGUAAAUACCAAAAAUUUGUAAACUUGUAUUAUUUUAACAAGAAGAAGAAGAAAAAGAAAAGGAAUGGGAAGAACAAGAAAGAAAAGGAAAAGAAUUACACUAUUCCUACAUAUAACAAUCUAAAAAAAAAAUAUCUUUUCUUGUUAAAAUCAAAAAUAGACAAAAUAUAUCAAGGCAAAUUUUGCAGAAAGAAAACACAACUUUUAAUUGCAGAUGAAAUGAAAAGAAAAAUUUCCAAGUAUUUGAAUUUCCAUUUAAAUUCUAAAAAAAAAAGUAAUAGAAGGGAGCAAAAAAAAAUCAUUGUUUUUAAAAGAAUACACGACCCCUUUUCCUUUGCAGUUGAUAUUAAGGAUUUGUAUUGCUUAACAAUGUCAAAGGAGUCCGAAGCAAACGGGUAUAGUGUGGUAAAUAGAAGGAAGUUAUUAUUUAAAAAGGUUAAAACAGAUGGUGAUAAAACAACAAGCAAUGAGAUUAAUCAAAUGAAGGAUAAUAAUAAUAAUAAUAAUAGUAAUAAUAGUAAUAAUAAUAAUAAUAAUAGUAAUAAUAAUAAUAAUAGUAAUAAUAAUAGAAACACACCAUGUGACAGCGUCAAUAGUGAUAAAAAAAACUAUGCUGAAAAGGCAAGAACUUGCUUGAACAUUUUUGAUACAAUCGAUUUAUGUGAUGGUGAAAAGUUCAGUUCUACUAUAAUUAGAAAACAAAAUUCUUUUUUAAAAAGAAGGAAAUUUGCAAAAUUCUUAAGUUACUUCAUUGAUGCAUGCUUAUUUUUCAAUAUCGAAUAUUUUCUUAUACAAAUGUAUACAGAUAUCUUUAUGCAUAAAAAUGUAAGAACUCCUUUUAAAAAGCUUUAUAUAUACAAAGUUAGAAAUUAUUUUUGUAAAAAAAAAAUACAUAAGGAAAAAAAUAAAUUCAACAAAAAUAGCCAGGAGGAAUGUAGUUAUAUUAUUAAUGAUUUCUUCAGGCAUUUAUUUGUUUUGUUGUCCUUUUUUGUUAAUCAUUUUGCUGAUGAACAACAGUCGCAAAAUAAAAUACAACUUUUUAUGAAAAUUUCCAUUACUCUUUCUUUUUUUUUUUAUAAUAAUAUGAUCUUGUUAAUAAUCAAAAGAAAGGAGGAAUUUGUAAAUAAAAAUAUUGUAAUGAAUGUUAACCAAAACGUAGAAAAAAAAAUAAAUAUGUUUGACAUACAUGAUGAAAAUAUGUUGAGAAUUUAUAUGCACAAUGUAGGAGAUACUAUCCUGCAGGAAAUACUAAACCAGGUUUUCAUUUUUGUCCUUGUGAUAUUAUCCAUAUCAAUACUCUGCAAAGUUUUUCAUUUAAAAAAUUUACCUAAAGAAAACGCGGAUAGACGAUGUAAACAAGAACGAAAACUUAAGUGGCAUGUACGACGUAACAAAGGGAAACAAGUUGAACAAGGUCAUUCAUAUGACCAGUCAAAAGAUAUGUCAAAACAAUCUCAAAGAAAUUCUAGCGAAACAAAAUCAAUUAAUGAGUGUACCUUGCAGGGCAAUGUAAACAACCCUGCACCUAAUGCAAGAAAAGAUCAUUUUUGCAACUUUCAAAAAAAAAUACUUAAAACAGGGAACAGUAAGAUAGAAGAAGAAAAUGAAUACAACAAUUCAAAUUAUGAUUCUUUUUUAAAAAAAUUUAAUUUUUCUUUGUAUUUUUCUAAUUAUUCCAAAGAUAAAGGGUUAUACAAGCAUAGUUAUAUUGUUACACCGCACACUCUAUGCAAUUAUGCGCUAAUGAGCAGAUUCAAAAAUAGGUGUUCUAAUUUUAGUCAUAAUUACUAUGUUCCUGGAAAAAAAAAUAAUAAAAUAACCUGCUUGAACACAUGUUCAAAGAGAUUAAGCGAUAAUAGUAAUAUGGCUGCUUCUAAUCAUGCGGGUGAUGUUGAUUAUAUUAAUGAUGGAAAGAGGGUAUUUAACGACGGACAAUGUAAACAACUUAAAUAUGAAACACAAAAUAGAAAGGAUAUUGAGCAGUGCCCUUUUAUUGUGCAUUCAGAAAUAAAGGAAAAGCUGAUUAUAAAUAACCUCUAUGAAAUUAAAAUUCGGAAGGGAGAAGAUAAUCUUAAUUGUAAAAACAAAGUAAGUAUAAAUGAUAUCCAGAGUUAUGUAAGGGGAAGGACGUGCUCUAACUACUGUUACAACGAAAGAUUCAUGUCAUUAAUUAGAAUAAAUAUAAAUAAUAAUAACGAAAUAUUCUUUUUUAGAAAAAUAUUAAUUUAUAAAUUUCUAGACAAAUAUUUUAUUUCUUUUUUUUCCUUUUACUUUUUAAUUUACUCGAAGAAUAGAGAAUAUAAUAAAAAUAAACCUGUUCGUAAAGCAAAAGUAGAGGACUUUUUGUAUUUAUUUUUGGUAAGCUUUGAAAAACAUAUGGAAAUGAUAAUAAAUAGCUAUAUUAAACAAAAAUGGGAAUUAAAGCAAAAAAAAAAUUUCAGUCCUUUUGAUCCAUAUCUUCAUUAUCAAAAAAAAUAUUCCAUAAUUCAUAGAUACUUAAUUAUGAAUUUAUCUCCUUUAAAUAAUUAUAAUAUCGAUUUUGAAAGAAAAUAUGAUCUUAAAAAAAGUACUACUAACUUUACACAUACCCCUUUUUAUAUAAAAUUGGCAAGUAUUGCUUGUCCCAAGGAUGCGAAAGAUUUAAAUGUAUUAUCCUUUUACAACAUAAUUUUUCAAAAUAUUUUAACAUAUGAAAAUUAUUAUUAUCCCUAUUUCGCUUCCCUUAAUUACUUGCACCUAGAUUCAUUUUGA